GGAAGUAAACAAUGCAAACGCUAAUGGCGUUAGCUAUAUACAUAUAUUGAGUUAGCUGGGAGACGAUAUUGCCCAAGACAUUGUUUAAUUUGUAAUUAAGCAACAAUGUCGUCAGCUGAGCAUUUGAGGAGAUUUGUCAACGAGCGACUAACUGCCGCUGCUGAAGAAAUAUUUGGAGUUUUUAAGAAGACUAUCGUCGCAUAUGAGGAAGAAAUCGACCGUCAGCGCAGACUGUUGGACAUCGUGUGGAACCCUGAAAUAAAGUUACUCAGAAUAGAGCCCCCACAGCAUCAGGUCGGUAUGAAGGAGGAUGUUCUCGCUGACCAGCAGGACCCAGAGCCUCCACAGAUUAAAGAGGAACUGGAGGAACUCUGCACCAGUCAGGAGGGAGAGCAGCUUGAACUGAAGCAAGAGACUGACACCCUUAUCUUGACACCUACAUCAGAGGGAAAUGACCACAGUGAAGCUCAGUCUCUGUAUUUUCCUCUUGACAAAAGUCUGAGUGCAGCAGACACAGAGCCUCCAGCUAGCGUGUGUAUCACUUGGCAAAAUGAUGAAUCAGACUCUGAAGACUCGGAUGUAUCAGACCCAAAAAAUGUACACCAGCUUCUCUUCCACAACUUCCUUGUAGCUCAAAGCCAACAUCAAAAUGUAAGCGAGCAUGGAGAGUCAGGAUCAACAAGUAACGUGCAGCCAGACCCCCAAAAAAGUCACACUCACUACUUAAUCAACACUAACUUGUCAGGGAUUUGCUGUAAUACAGGUAAAAAGUUUCUCAAAUGUGACACGUGUGAGAAAACUUUUAGGUAUAGGUCAGAUUUGCAGAGACACCUGCUGAUACACACAGGUGAGAAGCCAUAUUCUUGCAACAUGUGUGGAAAAAGAUUCAAUCAGAAAGCAAGACUGAGCGGCCAUAUGAGGAUCCACACAGGUGAGAAGCCAUAUUCUUGCAAAACCUGUGGGAAAUAUUUCCGACAUAACAGUCAGUUGACAGUCCACAUGAGAGGCCACACGGGAGAGAAGCCGUUUACUUGCAACACCUGCGGGAAAGAUUUCAGACGUAGUGAUGAAUUGGCAGCCCACAUAAGAAGAAUCCACUAACCUUAUUUUUUCUUCAUACUGUUUAUUGCUUGUAUAUCGAGAUCUUUUAAUGCUGCAUCUCAGCAGCUAGGGUUCAGUUUAAGUAUGAUUUGAUACUGUUUGGUGUUUUCAUCAGUGCAGCUGUCUCAUAUUGAACAAACUUGUAUUCAGUAGAGGAAUGUAACUACAUGUACUCAAGUACUUUGUGCAGCAUUGAUUGUCUACGUAGCCAUGGUUGCAUGUAAAUUCCACACAGAUAUGAAAUCUUGAACACUUCCAAUAAAAAAAAUCAUCAGUUUUGAAGCA